AAUACUCUCGGGUGAAAAUAAUUACUUUGUACGCAUGGAGACAGUUUUCUUCCUAGUGGUGACGUUUUUAGUGAUUAGUAUUAUGAUUUAUAUUCGUCAUAUCUAUAGGCCUUGUGAUAUUGGAAAUCUUAUAGAUUAUGCAACUAAGGAAUCAGCAUUGCAUCCCACUGUUUUUAAAAUCUAUGAUAAAUCAACGCCAACAAGGUGUGAUCGUUUCAUUAUCGUUUUACCUUUUGAUUGGUACAUCUGGGCUGUUCGUGGAGAACUUUAUGUUGUGAAUCCCGAGGGUGGAAUCCAGUGUACAGGCAACAACACCCCAGCUGUACGAAUUCUAAAGGAUAAAUAUUUCGAGACAUGUUUGACAAUACAAUUCCCUGCACUUUUUAAAGCUUAUACUCAUUACAUCAAACCUAAAAUUGUUCCGUAUGAUAUUGACAAACCGAAGUUCACGGUAUUGUCAGCGCUUGAUAUACUGGGUAAACGUUGGAUCACCUUUAAUAUGACAGAGCAACCAGCGAAUGUAGUGCGCGAACUCGACGAAAAUCAUAAAAUUCGUGAAGUGCCGCGAAAUAAACGAUCAAUUGAAUCAGCACAUCGUAGUAUAACAGGGCGCAAUUUAAUUGAUAUAAUGGGGGGUGGUAAGUCCGAUUCGUAUUAUGAGGAAAAACUAGCUCAAGUGCUCAGACCUAAACGACAGCAUUACAAAGACUGGCGUGAUGUACCGAAAGGUAUUCCAGGCUAUUCAGAUCUAUGUUUUGCUGCUGAUAAUUCUGAUACAUUCCGGCCCACAUUCCUAUAGCUCAAUCAAU